GUUCAUGAACAGUCAACUCACGAUGAAGCUAGUCGUAUCGGUACUUGUACUGGUAUCUUGUACAUUUGCGUCAGACUUUAGUUCCAGCGCUAGAAACUUUAGCUUAGAAUUUUUAUAUCAUACGCAACUAGAAUCAGGUGAACAUAUUGUUAUUUCUCCACUAGGAAUCUGGUCAUUGAUGACAGCAUUAGUAAUCGGUGCUGAAGGGGAAAGCCAAUCCCAGUUGUUGAAGGCUCUACGCUUGCCCACUGCUGAGACUUCUGUGAAUUCUGAUAAUUAUGAGAAUUUUGAGUUAAGUAUCCUGAGUGGCUACGAAAGUGUAAUGUCAACAGUGUUGGAUACAGCAGAUGGCAGUGUUGAUUUGAUUAGCCGUAAUUAUAUGUUAGUCGCCGAAUCGUUCAAAGUAAAUCCACAGUAUAAGAGGAAACUACGUAAUUUUUUAAAAACACUCAUUACGAACUUGAAUCUUGAUACGGCGACUGGGGUGGCAGAAUCAGCGAAUGAGCUCAUCAAAAAAAGCGGUGCAAUGACAUCAGAUCUUUUUCAGCCAGAGGAUUUUUCUAUAUCUAGAUUUAUAAUCACUAAUGUAAUAAAAUUCAAAGGAAAUUGGAAAAUACCAUUUAACGAAUCCGCUACAAAAGUGGAACCAUUCUACGACGAGAAUAAAAACAAAAUAGGAGAAGCUAAUAUGAUGUUCAAAGAAGACGCAGUUCGCUACUCCAACGUACAAACCUUGCAAUCUUCCGUGUUGGAGUUGCCGUAUGGGAACGAUGAAAAUAAUGUAUUCAUUUCGACGGCUGUACACAAUGCAAAUAUAGAAGUGACUGAGACAGGCAUGCCAGGACCUGUAGUCACUGCAGCUGAAUUUCAAGACCGUGUCUUAUCUAGUUUCGAAGCAAAUAGACCCUUUAUUUACUUCGGUAUGCAAAAGCUGACCGCUACUAUAAUUUUUAGUGGAAUUUAUUCUAAGCCCUCAGUACUUUAAAGAAAAUAUUUAUGAAAAAAAUAUAUAUAUAUUACUAAAGUUCUGAAAGGACAUAAAAUGUUGAAUGUUGGAUCCAUUUAAAUAAUAUUGUAAGACCUUUUUGUACCACAUU